AUGGCCUCUAACCCUGCUUUUGUCCAAUUGGUGGACAUGGGUGUACCAGGAGGUAGAGCAAAAGCAGCCCUGAAAAGGACCAAAGGGGAUGUGAUGUCUGCUGCAGAACGAGUUUUCGCUGGAGAAUUUGAUGACAUACCUUCUGACGACGAAUGCGAAGACGACAUCUCUAUGAGUAUAGAGAUACAGACACCCAAAGGAGCUGAAGCGAAACAAAACGAUUUUGGUAAAGGGAAAGAGGUUACUGUUGUUGAGCAAAGUGAUGACGGUAUGGAUGUUGAUGGUCAGGGACGAAAUGAAGAAAGUGAGAGUGAUGGAGAAGAUGGGUUUGCUGGUGGAUUUGAAGAUGACGGGGAGAUACCGGAAGAUAAGCUCCUCUCUGACCCAUAUGCAGGAAUAUUCUUCUCUAAAGACAGAGUAGAGAAGGUUGUUGAGCCUGUGGGAAGGGAGGAAUCCCAUCGGUUGAUAUCAGAAGACGGUGAUCAGAUAAAAGUGAAGAUACUGGGUAGAGGGCAAUGGAUGUCUGGCUGUCCAGAAGGAAACGAGCAAAGCUUCCUUUUCCAGCUUUAUUCUAUGUUGUCCGAAGGAAGUCUGCUUUGUUCUGGAGGAUGUGGACAUACAUACGAAAGAAAGCAAGGGGAUUUCUUCCUGCAAUUCCCUGAGUUCUCCCAAUAUACCGCCUACCUGCGUAACAAAGUGCAAUUACUAUGUCCUAAAUGCCAAUAUGUCACAUGUCUUGCGUGUGGAGAGAAGGUUGAUCAACAUAGUACACCCAAUGGACGAGACACUCUUGCCUAUAUCAAUAAGAAGGGAAAGCAGGCAGAAGCAUCAACCGAUGAAGCAUUGCUCCAUUGUCCUAAUCUGCAGGGCGUUCUUCUUGGAGUCGGAUUAAAUAUAAUUGAACAGGCGUUCUCACUGGGUAACAGCAAUUCUACUGCUUCCCAUAGUACCUCUAAUUCUCCAAGUGGCAAAUCGCCACCUACGAAAAAGCAGAAAACGGGUAUACUGUCAAGUAUCAAAAAUAAACUUGUUGCAACAGCGAAUGAUAAUGAAGACGAAAAUGACGAUAGUGAAGACGUGGAUUCUGAUCUGGCCGAUUACACAUAUAGUCUGGGAGUGUCGAGUAGAGGAAAAGGUGCUUUAAAAGGGACUGGAUAUGGUGGCAUGGGGAAUGAAGAUAGGAGUGGCCAGAUAAGAGCGGAAGAAACCCAGGUAGCCGCCGAUGCCAAAAUGACUCUCCUUCUUUCUCAAGUACGAGUAUUUCUACCUGAUCUGAACAGACCAGGUGGACCUCGAACUUCUGAUCAUCUUGUCCAUCCCACCGCAUUAGCCCAUCUUAGGAGAAGAAGUGCUUUUGUCAACGAUCUAUUGAGGAAUGACUCAUUGCUGGAUAUGUCCAAAAGAGGGGACUUAUAUAUUUCUCUCUUCGAUUGGAUGGAGAUUGUGUCGAAUCAUGAAGCUUUGGCAAGUAUGUUGGCUAUGCCUCAGAUGCGAUCCAUUUCAAGUAUUCCCAUGACAGACGACCCGGAAUCAGUCUUAACCACUUACGAAGGGUCGCCUUCCCCUCGAGAGUUAUUGGAAAAUUGUGUUAUACAAGCUCAAGCUGCCUUGAAGGGGCUUCAAGCUUCAGAAGAACUCUCGAAAGUCAAAGAUCAAGAAGUCUUGACGGAGGAAGAUUUGAGAAUGAGCACUGCCGAGCUAGCAAGAAGAGCCAGAGAAAAACAUGAAAAAUGGAAUAAAGACGCCAAUCAUCAACUGAGCAUUUUUUGUGAACGGAUUGUUACUUCCGCGCAGAUCAUCGAUAGAUCACUAAUCGAAAGUAAAGGUAGACCAUUUGUGGAUCGUAUGAGAGAAUCAUUACCGAGAUUACUUGGAAUGGGUGACAAAGUAGGAGAGCAUCUAGUAGAAGGAUCAACGGAUGAAGGCACUAUCAAAAUUUAUGAGGAAUGGGCAGGGCAAGCAAGAUUCCAGUAUUGUGAUCUCACUGAUUCAACGUCUUCAUCAAGUGGAAAACAAGUGUACAAGCAUGCUUUCAAUGGGUCAAUUCAGUCUCUAGAAGGAAUGAAUAUGCCCAAGCGUUCAUUGGCAAUAGCUAAAGAAUUAGCUAUUCUCACCACUUCACUUCCCGUAGCAUGGCAUUCGACGAUCUUCUUACGAGUGGACGAGACCCGAGUGGAUAUACUGAAGGCAAUGAUCAUUGGACCUGAAGGUACCCCUUACGAAAAUGGUUGUUUUAUUUUCGAUAUAUUUCUACCGCUGGACUAUAAUCAAAGAUGUCCGAGCGUCAAAUCUAUGACUACCAAUGGUGGAUUGUAUAGAUUGAAUCCCAAUUUGUAUGCCGAUGGCAAAGUAUGCCUAAGUCUGCUAGGCACUUGGUCAGGUCCAGGAUGGAUAGCGGGUCAAUCUACUUUACUUCAAGUGCUAAUAUCUAUACAAAGCCUGAUCCUCUGUGAAGAACCAUAUGUAAACGAGCCUGGAUGGGCGAAUGACGCUGGGUCGGCAGCUAGUAAAGCCUACUCUGCUAAUGUCAGGAGGAUGGUGUUGAUUGAUGCCAUGGCCAAUAACAUAAGGAAUCCACCUUUUCCAUUUGAAAAUGAGAUCAAAACACAUUUCCGGUUGAAAGUCCGAUCCAUCAAGCAGCAGAUUGAAAAAUGGAAGAAAUUGGACGACGCCAAAUCUACUAUAGGAGAUAGUUUCGAGCAUGGUGAUAAAACGAACGACAAAGGUAAAGACACUUUUGAUUCUGCUGCAGGACGUCUUGUGAAGCUAUUGGAGGAGCUUGAAUGCGGAGAUAACGGUACAAAUCCCUUGAACGAAGAAGAAAUGAAAAAAGACAAGGACAAGUUAAUGAAAAAAGGAGGAAGACUUGGAAAAGCAUUUGGUUUAAACAGGUGA